AUGGCUAUCGACGAUCUCGCCACCAUCGAUGCCUCAAAAGAGAACUGGUCUGUUGUUGCAAAGGUGAACUGGACGUGUAUAUCAGAUUUUGUUUUUUGUGUUGGUGAAAGCGGUCGUGAUUUCCGUCCAACCUCGCACUCAUUCAAGAUCAACUUUGACAUUCAAACAUUGGUGCGCUUGGUUCCCAACAAUGCCAUCAACUUAAGCCCUUACAAUUUUGUGCCAAUAUCUGAUAUAAUGUUUAAGGACCUUUAUACGUCUUUUCUUAUAGAUGUGAUUGGAAUUCUCACUGGUGCAAGUGCUGAAACUGAGUUUGAGAAAGAUGAAACAAAGCAGAAAAGAAUUACUGUUGAACUUGACCAAGAUGGGGUUCGGGUUGAAUGCGCAUUUUUUGGAAAGUAUGUUGCUGAAGUCGUUGGUUAUUCUCUUUAUUGUUGA